GUGGGAUUUGUUGACAACAACAAACAUGUAAAAUAACAACUAUGUUAUCCUUUAGGUGUGCCAACAUGAGGGGAAUUAUCUUUAAUGACAGAUACUUCAUUGACUGGUGUUGAUCGCUGAUUUGCUCAUGCGCGCUGCUUUUGCCUUAAUGAAACCGGCACCUGUCCUAAAAUAGUCGAGUCUCAUGAGAGUGCUCAGUUACCUGACAGCACAGCAAUUACAUGUUGGAUGCACUCCACAGUCACAGGUGUAGAAGCUGGCUGUCCUCCAAUCAGGGUAGACUGGGUGGUACUAGCAGCAGAGCAAGAAAGUCCCACAGAUUAGAGGAAGAGGGAGGGAGAGGCAGAGUGUAUUUAUGUCGUUCGGCAGGCUAAACAUAGCACAACUGGGUAGAGACGUCAGGGAGUAAGAGAGUGAGAAAGACAGCUAGACAGAAGUCUACGUAUGAGAGCUGUGUUACAGCUAGUUACUUACAUCUGCCACUUCAACUAGCACUUUUCCUCUGCCAUGCAUAUUUUACAGUCCCACUGCAUCGUCAGGUCAGCACUGUGGCUCAAUGGCCCGAAAAGGAAGAGGAAGAACAGCCAAUGUUCGUUGAAGAGUAUGACUGCACGUUGUCUGAGUGACAGCUCCAAAUCCCCCGAGCUGAAAGAAGCGAGUAAAGAAGGGUACAUCCCCAGCUACCUCGAAAAGGAUGAGCCAUGUGUGGUGUGUGGCGACAAGGCCACAGGUUACCACUACCGCUGCAUUACCUGCGAGGGUUGCAAGGGUUUCUUCCGUAGGACCAUACAAAAGAACCUCCACCCCAGCUACUCCUGUAAGUACGAUGGCUGCUGCAUCAUCGACAAGAUUACCCGCAACCAGUGUCAGCUCUGCCGCUUCAAGAAGUGCAUUGCUGUGGGCAUGGCCAUGGAUUUGGUUCUGGAUGACUCAAAGCGGGUGGCUAAACGGCGUCUGAUUGAAGAGAACAGGGAGCGACGCAAGAGGGAGGGAAUGGUAAAAACCCUCCAGAACCGUCCAGAGCCCACCGACAGCGAGUGGGAGGUGAUCCACCUGGUGACAGAGGCCCACCGACACACCAAUGCUCAGGGCGCACAGUGGAAACAGAAGCGCAAAUUCCUGCCAGAAAAAAUCGGCCAGUCCCCGGUUGCCCCCACGUCAGACGGAGACAAGGUGGACCUGGAGGCCUUCAGCGAGUUCACCAAGAUCAUCACUCCUGCCAUCACCCGUGUCGUCGACUUUGCCAAAAAACUGCCCAUGUUCUCUGAUCUACCUUGUGAAGAUCAGAUCAUCCUGUUGAAGGGCUGCUGCAUGGAGAUCAUGUCACUGCGGGCUGCCAUGCGCUACGACCCAGAAAGUGAGACGCUGACACUGAGCGGGGAGAUGGCUGUGAAGCGCGAGCAGCUGAAGAACGGCGGGCUGGGCGUGGUGUCGGACGCCAUCUUCGAUCUGGGCAAGAGCCUGGCACAGUUCAACCUGGACGACACGGAGGUGGCGCUGUUGCAGGCCGUGCUGCUGAUGAGCUCAGAUCGUUCGGGCCUGACCUGCAUGGACAAGAUCGAGAAGUGCCAGGAGACCUACCUGCUGGCGUUUGAGCACUACAUCAACUACCGCAAGCACAACAUUCCUCACUUCUGGCCGAAGCUCCUGAUGAAGGUGACCGACCUGCGGAUGAUCGGGGCGUGCCACGCCAGCCGCUUCCUUCACAUGAAGGUGGAGUGUCCCAACGAACUCUUCCCACCGCUCUUCCUGGAGGUCUUCGAGGACCAGGAGGUGUGAAACACAGUUGCAGCCACGCAAAGGGAAGAGGAGGUUGGGGCAACCUGGGAGAUGGGAAGGGCCAUCAUCUUUAUAGGGGAAGGAUGGAGGGAGAGUCCUCUCGGCAGGAAUUUGCAUUUCUCCAUCAUCACAUUUACAUUAUGUGGUUUAAAAAACUGGAACCAACAAUAACCGAAACAACACACCAGCAACAGGAGAGUCAAGCAAACAGAGGAUUUUGUUUUACGAACGCCCUCUCCUCCACCUCUUUCUCCUCCUUUUACUUACCCCUGUUUUAAGAUUUGUGUGGGGGCCCUUCUGUCUGAGCAUGAUGUCUUAUCUAGUAAGAGCUGUAGCCAUUUGCCAAGAAACAUAUACACCGAUACACACACACACAACACACACACCGAUAACACACACACAAACAACACACACACACAGCCACAGCCUGUUCCACCUCAGUUUUUCAGAACAGCGCUCUUUGCAGGGGUCCGUUCCCCUC